GUCCGACAUUCGCCUCGGACCUUAUUUUCGUUUUAUUGUAUUUUGUUAUUAUUUUUAGGUUUAUUCCCCCAACCCCGACCUGCGGGUUUUUUUUUUUUUUUUUUGUCUAGACUAGUAGUGGUUCAAUAAUAAUAAAAACAAAGAGAACCACAGAAAACAAACAAACGUUCGGCGAUAUUAUUGUACAACGAUGUGAUAACAAUAAGGCGACAGUGAUACACAAUCAUGUGAACCGACGUGUGGAUUUAGCGACGUAGUUAUAGCAGCAGCGGCUCGUCUCGGUUGUUCGUGCACGACUUCGCGGUGAAAUUCGCAAUGGGAUGAAACGAAAAUCGCCAUUAUAACUUCAAGUGAGUGCCGAUUUUGAUUUUCGUUUAUUAAUUAUUAUCGUUUCGUUUUACCCGAAGGGUUACGUUUAAAACCCCGACGGUGUGUGUGUGUGUGUGUAUGUGUGUGUGUGUGUGUGUGUGCAUGUAUGUGCGUGUGUGUGCGCGCGCGCGUGUGUGUACCGUCAUCGUAUGAAAAUACCCCGAAACGAUCGCGCACGUGCCCGGAGUUAUACUCGGUCUACGUCCCGGUAUAAAAUCGAACGACCGCGGAGUACCGCGAGUAACCGUAAGUGCCGAAAGACUUGCCCGCGUGCGUUUUUCGUUGGAAUUUCGAGGGGAUGCGAUUUUAGCGGUGAAGGGGGCGGACAAGGGGCUGGCCGGCGGAUAACGUGUUUGACGUGACGUUUUGUAAAUUAAAAACUACGCGUUUUAUGUCCGUGUAACAAGUUAUUACGUAAGCGUUUUGCGGGUGUAUUAGAAUGCCGGGCGGCCUGGAUGCCUGACGACGGCACGAAGGGCCGGGUAACGGCGGGAGGAUGGAAAUCGCGUGCGAAACGAUUGCCGUGGUUACUAUGCUGCGCCCAUAAAAGGCUGAGGACCGCGGGAUCAAUACCGUGGUCGUCGGCCGGCGGGAUCCGGCGGCGGCGCGGCGACGGUGACGUCAGAUGCGCGUCUCGUGACGUCAUCGUGGUGUUCCGCUGCCGCCGUGACCGGGUCAUUCGGAUGAAUAAUAAUGAUCGGCGGGCCGCCGCUGUUCCGUUUUACGAAUCCGUACCGGUGCGCGCGUCGCGCGUAUACACCGCGGAGAUUUGCGCGUUUGUCGUAGUCGAGCGGCGGCAUCCGCCGACGCAUAGGCAUCCAUUAUUAUUAUUAUUAUUAUUAUUAUUAUUAUUAUUAUUAUUAUCAUUAUUAUUAUUACUACCAUCGUCAUCAUCAUACGUUCGGCGCGGUUGCAGACGUGGUUCGCCGGUGGCGCGCCGGGCCGGGGCCAUGGACAGGGCGGCCGACCACCUAGCCCGCAGUGUGGAAUUGGAGAAGGCGUACGUACACGACACUUACCAGGAGAUGUAUAAUUCAAGACAAAAAUCAAAACCGUGGCCGAAGGUGACGCAGUUUCUGCACGACUUGGAGCCCGGAUCUCUAGUGUGCGACAUUGGUGAGUAGGUUAUUAAUAUAUAGGUUACCGCACUAACCCACAUAACUAUCGAUAUACCACGCAUAACAGCCAUGUGUUGUUAUCAUUAUUAUUGCUGUUGCACUAGGUCGGCAAUACAGCAAGCAAGAUAGGGAUGCCAAAUACAUUUUUUAUAAAAAGAAAACAAACCGUAUUUAUUUAAUAAAAUAACAAAUGUUAUAUUUUAUAUUAUAUUUAUGUCAUACAUAAUUUACUAGUACUCUUUUAUACUUAAGGGCUCGUUCGCUUACGCCCAAUGGUACAUACGUGGACAAAUACUUUUCCAGACAAAUCAAAUUGUUUAAUUUAUUGUCCAUGUCGAACUUCAAAUAUUUUAAAAAUUGUUCUGAAAUACUUGACAGAUUUAUCAAACAUAUUGUAUGAUCACUGGGUUUAUUAACAAAUUUCGUUAUCAGCGUCUAUAAUAAUUCCUAGCUGUUAGGUAUACCUAUUUCUCUCCGAAUAUUCAUCGGCAUAUAGAUUAACGGUCCUUAAAGGUCCAACGCUCUCAUUACUAGAUGGUUUCUAAAAGAAUUCGCUGUCGUGGACGACUCGUCAGUCCGUUUCCGGAGAGAAGGAUAGUGGUUCCUUUUUACCAGACGAUUUCUUAACUGACAUACGGUCUAGACGUCAUAGACGUAAAUAAGGGAAGGAUUAGAAGGUCUCAGCCAUCCCUGAGCAAUAUCAAGCCUUACCUAUUAUAUUUACUACUACUUUAAUAUAAGAUUUGUACCUUAAAUUGCUAUUUACACCUAUGAUACCCAUAAUCGAAUGUUGAACCGACGACAGUGAGCGCCAAACGCACUAACAUCUUCCUCAUAUUAACAUUUUAUAAUUUUUUUUAACUAUUCGCAGUAUACCUAGAGUAGUCGAGUGAUUUAAAAUGGUCCAAUUUAAAUAAUUGUUUAAUAGUUUGACCAAUUUCCACAGAGAUCUAAACUGUGGAUAUUUAGAUAUAAUAUUAUUUGAUUGUCAGAACGACUUUUCAAACGAAUAUUUAAAGUUUGACAUUGGGAACUAGACUUUAAAGUUUUUUUUAAGUAUUUAAAACUAAAUAUAAACAAUCGAAACAUACCUUGUUUAACUCCAACUACGUUCCUAAAUUGUCGACAAAAUUUAUUUUCCCAACAAUUUUGAUAAUAGGUGUAUUUCUCAUCAAUAAACAUUACCUAUUUUAUUUGAAACACUUUUUGACGUCACAAAAAAUAAUUUCCGAAAACCAUCAAAAAGGACCGGUUCUAUCAUUGCAAUAAUUUAGUUUAAAUUUUUAGGGUUAAACAGUGGUGUAUUUAGUAUUUUUUUGUAGGGGGUGAAUGACAAAAAUUUUAGCUUUCAGAGCCGUGGGGAGCUACACCACCCCCUCCCCCACCAAUAUGUCAAUUAAACCGACAGCUCAGAUUUCAUUCAAUAUUUUAUUUUAAUUCCUAACAUAUUUAAUAUCAUUAUUUACAUUUGUAAAUUAAAUUAGCAAAACUUUAUUUUCAUAAAAGGACGUCUAAUUUCAUUGGAUUCAACGCAAGCUCAUCGAUGGCUUUGUCAGUUUUUAUCUGGAUGUCCCGAUGCAUAGACAUCGUUGCUAAACCAUUUAAUCUCGUCUAAAUGUAAAUUCAAAAUAUUAAUUUAAUUUAUUAUGAAACAUCUAUCAAAUAAAGAAAUUACCUCUUUCGUAGAAUUUCUCAAAUACGUUUUGAUACUUUUCAAACUUGAAAAACUUUUUGGUUCAGCUGUUGAGACGGGCAAUGUGCAAAAUAUGUCCAUCAAAAAAUGUACAUUGGGGAAAUAUCUUUGUUACAACUUUUCAGUGCUUCUAAACCGUUUUGAAACAUCCCCAAUUGUAUUUUUCCAAAUUUGUAAUUCGCUCAUAUAUAUAUAUCAAGCUUAAGUAUUAUUUUAUAAUAUUAUUACAUAAUAAUUCUUAUAUCCAGAGAACCUUUUGGUAUUGAUCGCUAUUAAAUUGGUUUAGAUUCCCUCUUCCUUAGAAGAUAAUAUUGGUGGAAUUACUUUUUGUAUAUAAUUUACUAAAUGGAAAUAUCGAUUAUUUCUUGAAUUUCACCAUAUUGUGUGGAAAAUGGUGUUUUAAAGAUUUAAAUACCCCAGCAAAUCCCCAAAUGUAUUAAAGAAUAACAUAUAAUAUAAUGGACUGCGUAUGAGUUGGUUCCCUGAUUCCCAGAUACCUGUUUACUUGUACCGAUACCGUUUAAUUGAUUUCACGGCUAUUACGGGUUAUGCACGAGUUGAUUUCCUUAUUGUUGUAUAUCAAUAAGCCUACCAUUUUUAAGCCCAUAAAAUGACGAAAGAAUUGAUUCAAUAACCGAAAAUCCCAAAACUGAACAAAUAUGAUUUCAACAACCAAAAAGGUCGAUGAAGAAAAACCGCACACAUUAUCGGUUGUUAUGUAGGUACAUUGUAUAACCAAAUACCGUACACUUUUAGUGGGUAAAAACCGCACGUUAAUGUCUUGUGUAUUGAUUUAUUGUAUUUAUAAUUAAUAAUCUGUUACAAACAAAUUAUAUCUUAUUGUAGGUUGAUAUGCUCGAACCAUUAUUUGUUAGUUAGGCAUUUCAUCUAAACUUACAAUAAAUUGAUGAUAAACAGUCAAACCAAUAUUAAGUAUUUUUUCAAUACAGUUAUCAACCGAAACGCGUAUUAACGUAACUGAAUACAUGUGUGGUUCUUAGUAUUUUAUUGGUUUUAUAUCUUAAAUUUUUUAAUUUUUAAAUUGUACCUAAAAAUUUUUAUUUAUUACAUAUAUUCAAAUAUUAAAUAAUAGUUUAUACAUCAUUAUGAAAUAUGCGGUUUUUGGAUAGAACAAUUUUAAAUAAUGUGCGAUUUUAACCUACCAAACGUUUGCGGUUUUUCCUUGAAUUGUAUCACAAGUGUGCAGUUUUUAGAAUAAACAAAAGAAUUGUAGAGUUUAUGGACUACGUAUUUGACAGUUUUGUUUCCCCAGAAGCAAGUUUUCCACCAAGUAUAUGAGCUCAAUUCUCGAGAUUCGAAACUCAAGAGUUGUUUUUAUAGUGAGCACCCAAAUAUUUUUCAGUUUAUAAAAAAGCUGUUAAAAGUGCAGUCGGUAACGAAUAUUAAAUGCAGGAACAAUGGGACUAGAAAAUUCAAGAAAAACCGAAAAAAGAAGUUUUUAAAAGAGAAGUGAUGAAAAAGUAUACUGAUAAUCUCAUUAUCAGAUAUCAGUUUUUAAAGUCUCUUGGGUAACGCUAAAAGGCUGAUGUGUUCAUUCAACAUAUUAUCAUAUGCAUUUAUCAUGUUACUAAUAAACAACAAUAGGGGUAGGGUAGGCGUUAGGGUAAGACAAGCGGAGCUCACUUCCAGGGCCUCGAGUUUUCAGAGGUCUCGAGCUUAUGAACCCAUAAAAAAGGGUAGCAUAAUUAUAAUGGGCAUAAAACUGGAAAAAUAAUUAUUUUAGAAAUGCAACGAUGUUUUUGGGAAAAACAUGUACAUGCGCGUUACCUUAUCAGUGUUUCCGGCCGUGGUCAAGUGUUGGGUAUUAUUAUAAUUAUUAGGUGGGAGUAAUGGUACUCUGAAAAAAAAAGUCUCACAAAAAAAAAUUUAUCCAGGGUCUCGCAAAUUGUAACGCAAACCCUUUUAAAUUUAUUUAACAACAAAGAAUAUGAUAAUGCCUAAAAUCCAAAAAUCAUCAAACAUUUUCAAUUAUAAAAGUAAAAAAACCAACAAAACCCUAAGAAAAAGAAUAAUUCAAUCACAAAAGCUCGAAACUUACUAUGGUUUUUACCGGUGCCGGUCCUAGGGAGGAGGGCAAGCGGUGCGGUCACACCGGGCCCCACAAAUUAUGUUUUCUUAAUACCACUUUAUUUAUAAAUAAUCAUAAUUAUAUUGUCCCAAUAGUAAGCAAAUUUCGAUCCAUGUGCCGUGUGGCCGUGUGGUUUUCUUAGAACACGGGUUAUUAUCGACGAACAUCAAGAUGGUUAUAUAAAAAUAUUAAUUAAUAAAAUAUUGUUUGCACCUAAGUAGAUAACUACUUAUUUUGUGUCUAAUAUAAAAAUACAAAUUUGACUUUAGUUCAUAUAUACGUGUACAAAUUUAGAUUUCUAACAAGACCUUAAAAUUUAUAAAAUUAUAUGAAAAUAAAUUAAGUCCGUUAGAAAAUAAAAUAAAUUAAUAUAAAUAAAUAUAGAUAUAUUUAUACAAAUAUUUAUAGGGCCCCGUAAAAUUCUAUACCGGCCCCGAAAUCUAUCUGGCCGUCAUUGGUUUUCACAGAAUUCUGUCUAAACCAAACGACCCAGAUAUUGAUAAAACUACAAAAAACUACCCAUCCUUUACAAAAAUCGUUCAGGUCCCAUAAAUAUCAAGUAUUAAUAAAUAUGCUUAGCAAAUUUUUUCAAUUAAAAACUUAUUUGUAUUCUGAGUGAAGUGAAAUAUGAUAUGCUCUGAUAAGUUAUUCCUCCGUGUUAAUCAAUUUUCCUGAUGAUAAUGAACCAAUUUUUUCUAGAAAUCUUUCUUCAAUUUUCAACUUCAAAAGUAGGUUGCGAAGUAGUAAUAUUUUUUUUUAACUUCAAAUUUCAAUAAAAAACGUAAAAGUCAGCGUUUUGCAAAGUUUCGAUUUAAAUGGAUAACAUAUUUUAGCCCAGUAAAAACGCUUGAAAGUUUAACUCGAAAUUCACUAUAAGUUGUAAUAACUAUUUUAAAAAAUUUCAGUAUACUGUAGUCGUUUUUUUAUAUACACAUAUGAAGUUUAAAUUAAAACGAAAAUCGUUAAAAUCACGUCAUCUCAAAACAUGUUUAACUGAAUUUCGCUCAGAAUCGUCAGCAAAUAUCCGUUAUUAACCGUUGCGUACAAACAUAAAUUAAAUUAUUCUAUAUAUCCUACCUUCCCAAUUUCCUACUUACAAGAGUGAAACAUCCAUCCUCAAGGACAGAUUAAACUGCUUAUAAAUGUCAUUAUUUCUUAUUAAUUACAGGUUGUGGUAGGGGAAAAUAUUUAUCGACCAAUCCGCUUGUGUUCAAAGUAGGCGUUGAUCGUUGCUUGAAGGUAACUGAAAUAGCAAGAAGCCAAGAAAGCGAAGUAAGCAAUUUAGUUUACCAAUUACAUAUACAAUGGAAUGAAUACAUAAUAAAUAAUAUUUUAUUUAAAUAGGUACUAGUAUGUGACAAUCUAACCUUACCAUUCAAAGACUGUAGUUUAGAUGCCGUGUUAUCUAUAGCUGUUAUUCAUCAUUUUUCAACGACGGAAAGACGUAUAUGUGCCUUAAGAGAACUAGCCAGGGUACUUCGAAUUGGCGGUCGUAUUAUAAUCACAGUUUGGGCAAUGGAACGACGUCAUAGAAAAGUAAAAUGUUGAUAAUAUAUCAUUUAAGAUUAUUAUAUUAGAAUGAAUAGUUUUUUUUUUUUUCGUAGUUUGAAUCUCAAGAUGUUUUAAUGCCCUGGCACAAGCCUUGUAGAAAUUUAGGAAGUGAAUCGACCGAAUUUUCUACUACAACAACAACAUCAGAUGAAGAAUAUUUUAGCACAAGAAAAAAGUCAAAUUCGGAUUCAAUAACGUUAGAACUUAAUACUAUUUAUUAGGUAUAUAAUAAUUACAUUAUAGAUUUAUACUUUACACGUCGUUGAUAAAUAGGAGUUCCAAAAUAUGUUGUGAAAGAAGAAUUAGGCGCAAGGAACAAUCAUAUUGGAGAAAAGGCAUUGCGAGUUCUCCCAGUAGUUCUAGUUUAUCAAGUCCGGCAAAUGAAACUUGUUAUAGUUUUGUGCGAAAAGCAAUACAAGUUAAUAAUUAUUCAUUAUUUAGUACUUAUUUAUUAUUUAGUAUUUACGAUUAACAUAGAUUCACCUGGUUACAGAAGCUGGCCGGUUCAACCAAGCGUGGUAAAGUAAUAGCAAAACCAUGGUUUUCAAAUUCUUGGGCUACAUUAUCUGGUAGUGAGUUGCCAGUACUACGUUCAGAUCCAGAAGGGUGCGAGGCAUGCAAUGAAGAUGUACAAAAUGUUCCUAUAGAACUUAGGCGAAUGGAAGAUUCACCAGACUUAAUACCAAUAUUUAACCGAACUGCAACACACAAAUCCAAAAGUUUAAGUGAUAUCAAAAUUUCUUCGGAAAAACGGAUGAUACGGUCUAGGUCAAGUAUACCUGAAUUAGAAAAAUCAAUGCCAUUAACUGUUUCUAAACCUAAAUUAGUAAAACAAAAGGCAUCAUUAUGUGAUGAGGAUGCGGAAGAAGAUAGAGAUAAAGCUACCGAUAUGAAAGACUUAGUGAAUAAGUUACCCCAAUUUGAUGUCGGUAGUGGGUCGAAAAGAUAUAAGUAUAAAAGCAAUGAAAUCCAACAAAGAUCGAUGAAUGAAGAACUUAUGUCCGUUGAAAGGCUGAAAGAAAAAGAAAUUAUGCAAAAAAAUAUUCAGAGACAAGCAUCAUUAAAUGAAGAGCUUAUUUAUAAAACUCGUACUUUGGAAUCAAUUAAGGAUACAUUACAAUUGCUCAAAUCUGGAUUCACUAAAACAUUUAAAAAUCCAUCCAGUCAGGUAUCUGACAAUAUUAAAAGUGGAAUUAGUAGAAUGUUAGGAUAUAAGGAAGGUACUGAAGAAAAGGUUAGUGAAGAAAAAAAAAUAGAAAUGCCAGUUCCCGCAUUGGUGACAACAUCGUGUUGUGACGGACGUAGAAGUUCGCGUGAAGAUGGUUCUUCUGAAGAUUCGUCAAAAGAUAGUUUACAAAGUGAUGCUAGUAUGGAUUCCGAGGAUAGUCUAAGUAGUUUAGCAUCAGUUAUAUUUGUAAACACUUCAGGAGGAUCUGAUAAGAUAUGUUCACCACCUUUAAUUGACCAGCAAGCACGAACUGCCCCAUGUACACCUACAGCUAAAUCACAAAGUCAAUACAGGUCAUCUUCGCACCCUAACACACCAAAAACGGCUCCUAUUCAACCGUCACAUUUUAAAUUACCAGCUCGGUUCAACUCACAAAAUGGAAAUGAACCAUACCAGUUAAAUUUAUCAACGGAGCAAGCCGUUGAAGAUGUAUUAAAACCUAUUAAAUUAUCACCUGUUAAAACAGCAAUAGAAAUGAAACUAAAAAGAGAACAAGAGAGAGAUCAAGAACAAGAACGUAGAGAUGUUUGUGAAGGAGGUGAUCAGAAUGUACGGCCAAAAGAAAAAAUUAGUGCAGAAAGACUUAAACAAAUUCAAGACCUUUUAUUAAGCACUAAACCAGGUAUGUCAAUAAGAUAAAUUAUCAUCUAAUUAUAUUUAACACAAUACAUGUAUACUUUUAGUUACCGGACGAAAUAGAUUACCAAAAGCAGAUCGAACUUUUUCUGGUUUACGUGGAAGAUACUUUAUUAAAACAGUAGAAGAAACAUUUCAUCCAGAAAUAGAUGAUAUAGAUAGUGAUUUUGAAUCAUCAUCCUCCGAUUCUGUUAGUAGUGUCAUAAGUGUCGUUAUAGAUGAUGAACGCAGAACUACAGGUAAUAAGUAUUCAAUAUUAUCUGUUGAUUUUUGGUCAGUAAAUUUAUGAUAAACAAUUUUCAAUCAUUGGAAUUUUUAUAGAUGCAGAGUUUGAAGAUCCAACGGACAUAGAAAUAUCAAUUGAACCAGAAAAAGAAAAGAUCUUUCCGAUAGAUUCCGCAUUAGAUGCCCUUAGAGGCGUUAGUUCUAAAGAAUAUAUUAUUUCUAAAGGUCAUAUUGUCUCUAAAAGAGAAAUUAUUGCUAAAGAAGAUAAUAUUUCUAAUGAAGCUGUCAUUUCUGACAGAGACUGUAUUUCUAAAGGAGGUAGUAUUACAAAAGUAGAUAAUACUCCUAAACAAGAUGUUAUUUUUAAAAGGCAUAAUAUUACCUCUAAAAUAGAUAAUAUUACUUCCUAUAGUAUUCCUAAAGAAGAUGUUAUUUUUAAAGGAUACGUCGUUUCAAAAAGAGAUAGUAUUGCUAAAGGAGAUAAUAUUUCUAAAGAAAGUGUUAUUUCUGAAGGAGAUAGUAUUUCUAGAGGAGAUAAUAUUCCUACUAAAGAAAGUGAUAUUUUUGAAGGAGACAGUUUUUCUAAAGAAGAUAAAAUGUUUAAAGAGAUAAUUGUAUCAAAACAAGAUAGUGUUACUAAAGAAGAUAUUAUUUCUAAAGAACGUAUUAUUUCUAAAACGGAUAGUAUUCUUCAAGGAAAUAUUGGGCCUAAAUGUGAUAUUAUCCCUAAAGUAGAUAUUAUUUCAAAAAAAGUUAUUAUCCCCAAAGUAGAUAUUAUUCCUAAAGAAGUUAUUACACCUAAAAUGGAAAUCAUUCCAAAAGAAGAUAUUAUACCUAAAGAAUUUAAUAUCCCUAAAGUAAAUAUUAUCACUAAAGAAGAUAUUAUCCCUAAAGAAGAUCUUAGCUCUAAAGAAGAUCAGCCGAGUCAUACAAAUCGAUGGAGUUUACAAGAACAUCCAAACAAAGGAACUCAGGUUCGAAAUAGUCAUAGUCUUGGUUCUAUACCAAAACACAAGAAAGCUAGUAAGUGUUCCAAAGAUGAGCUUUCAGAUCUACCUGAAACUUGGGACGAAGAAUGUCAAAAGCAUUUAGUUGAUUUCGCUGAAAGGUAAAUUGUUUAUUAUUACUCUACAACAUACUCAUAUUGUUCUUCACAUGACGUAAAACACUAAUUUUUUUUUUUAAGAUUGAACAAAGAAUUACGAGCCGCAAUAGACACAAAGUCAGAAGGUAAUCACAAAAAGGCAUGUGACGAAGUGGUAGAUAGUCCAGAAAAAGUUGAACUGAUGCAGUGUUUUCAAAAAUACGUGGGCAAAGACGAUUUAUUAUUAUCAGAACCGUCGUCGUCCGACGGACAUCUAGAAGACGAACCGUUGGACUACCAUCGAAUAGAAAUACUGGCCGGUUCUGAAGUACCUCGCAGGCCCAGUAUCUCCAUCGAAACGCAGGAUUCCGUGGACAAAGUGUUGCGGAGUCGCGAGGGCUUCAGAUCACGGCAUUACCGCGUGUCCGUUGACUCUGCGGAAGACCGCCACGCCUCGUUGGAACUAGAAUGUGAUUCGAAACGUGAUACAGUUUCCAGUAGCCAUACUUCGCUCCUCAGACCGGGAAAUUCACUUGAGUCCAACGACACAGUAGACACGCACACGACCACCCAGAGCUCGACUUCACUGACUUCUUGGAGUGACUGUAGCAAAGACACAAGGUUCGCGGACAGGAGACAAGCACGCUGCGACGGUCGAUCUUCAUCCGAAGAAACAGACCCGAGGCGAGCUGCGGUACUGGUGCGCCAGCAUGCGGCUAUAGAAACGCAGGAGAUGUUGAAAAGUGAUGACACCAGUCUGUCCACUUCACAAGAAUCUCUAUCCGAGAACGGAGGUGGGGCGAAAACCUACCACAGGUACUAUCACGUAUUCCGGCAAGGUGAACUGGAUCAAUUAAUUGAAAAACAUGCCGAUAAUUUGCAUAUAAUAUCUUCGUACUAUGACCAAUCGAAUUGGUGCGUUAUCGCUGAGAAAGUUCAAGUGUGGACUAUUUAAAAUUGCAAAAGUACGUACUACAUGUUCAAUUUAAUAAGAAAAAAAAACCCUGUUUAUCUAUCGCAUUAGACCAGUGCGAAAUAAACAAUAAAACAAUUUUAAUGUUAGUUAUGUAAUAUUGUCCAUUAGGUACCUACUAGUUUAUAUUUAUCAUUUUCAAACGUAGUUUUUAUUUUCAUGUAAUAUGGAGUUACGGUGUUUAUUAAAUACAGCUCAUUAUUUAAACUUAAUCAAUCAAAUUUUAUAAACCAUAAAAUAAUUAUUAUGAUCAAUUUUUUACUGUUUUAUUCAAUGAUAUUUCCAAUAAAAUAUCGAUUCUGCGGAUAUAUUCCUAGAAUAACAGCACAUCAAACACAAUUAAUAUAAAUAUUAAUAAAAACCGUAUACUCGGCCUCAAAAGUGAUACUAAAUUAUCCUAAUAUUAUAAUUUUUAAUUCUCUGCUAAUAUGAAAUUUUUAAUGUUUUACAGUAUGAAUUAAAUUUUCAAAUUUGUAUUAACAUUAACAACAGACAAGUAAUCAAAUAGAUAAGUAAUCAAAUCUCCACAAUUUAUCGUGAAAUAAUAAGGUUAUUUAUUUUUCUUAAUACAUUUGUUCUAAUUUAAAAAAUAUAAUAAUUAUAAAAACAUAUGGUAAAACGAAAAAAUUUCUAAUAAUCAUUAAUCAUUGUUAUACUAUCUUACUGUGAAUAUUCCUCACCAUUUUGUCUGCUAUUAAAUUAUUAAAACAAAAUGAUAUAAGUAAGUAUUUAGUACUUAGUGAGUCCACUCACUAUGUAUAUUUGUUUAUACUUAAAUAUUUUAUAAAAUCGUCAAUUGUUGCUGGUUCCCAUUCCUCCAGCCCCGCCACAUUAAUUUUUACUCGUAUUAGUGUUGUUUGUUCUAAAUGGUUCCACUGUAAAAUAUAUUAUACUUUGCGGUUUUAUUUAUUUAAAAAUUAAUUCGCAUAAAAACAAUAUUAUUUGUAGUGGAACUGGAGAAAUGCAACUAAUUUGUGGAUUUUCACGUAUUAUGAAUGGUUAUUAUUAUUUAAUUUAAAUCAAAGUUAUUAACACCAUAUUUUCAAAAUGAUUAUUCUAAAUUUAGAAGACUACUAUGAAUACUGUUAAUGAAAUUAAUUUUCCAUAAAAAGAAUCAAUAUUGUAAAAAUUUAAUAUUAUUGUAAGGAUUCAAACGUUGCAAUUAAAAUUAUUAAUUUUAACUAUUUGACAAAUGACUGAAUGAAGAUAAUACUUUUUAUUGUCAAUGAAAUGAAACGGCCUGAAUCGAUACAUUCAAUUAUAAUCAACACACUUUAUAAUCAGUUAGAUUUAAUAUUCGUCUUCCAGGUAUAAAUAUUUUAGUAUUGGUUCUUAGUAAAAAUAAAAAACAUGUUAGAUAAUAAUAUCACACAACCAGUGGUUAAAGUGGGAAUUUGAAGAGGGACUAUAUUUAAUAAAAAUUGAGAGCCGUUCCUGAGAAUUAACUAAACCUAAUCAAAUUUUCAGGAAACUCAUCAAAACUUCCAAAAUGUUUUUCUCUCGUACACAUUUUCUUAAAAGAAUGUUAUACUGAUAUGGUUUGAAAAUAUACUGCACCCUCUCUUAAAAUAUUAUCUAACGAAUAUGCCUGCUCAAUAAAAAUAAAGUAAAACAGAGUCUGAUUACGUAUAAUCUAAUAGGUAUUAAAGAAUUUAUUUUUAAUAAAACUGAUUCGAGUACUUAUUGAAAAUUGCCUUCAAAAUGUCUCAGUCACAAUAACUAAAGCGUUUCCCCAGACUCGAAGACUGAAACCGAAGGGGGCUAAUAAUUUUACCUUACCCACUUUAACCACUGCAUACUACUAACAAAUAAUGUACCUACUAACAAAAUUCGAUCGUGCUAUAUUUGUGUUUAAAUAUAGUUUGAGUGAUGUUGAAUUUAUGAAUUGAAUACGGCAGGCUCCUUAAUUCAGACUUAAUACUGCCAUUAAUAUAUAUA